CAAAUGUGGGCAUGCAUGCAUGCAUGCGCUUGCACACAAACACACACAUACACUCAUAUAGGGGAGGGAGGCUCUUCUGGGUCCCAGGGCCGCAGGGGCAGGGAAGUCUGGUGAGCAGUGCUGUGUGAGAGCCAGCUCCGUCUCCCCGCCUGCCCACUCAGUGGCAGUUCCCCGGAGCUGCAGUUCCCUCUGGAGCCUCAGCAGAUCCCUCUUUCAGAACUCACUACCAAGAACCCUGAACAGGUGAUGGCAUAGGAUAGAGACUAUCCCGUGAAGUGAAAUCAAUCUGGAAACAGGUUUGGGGAGUUGGAAGGGCCAUGGGGAGGGUCUUGGAAGAGUCUAGGAUUGGUUUCGGGGGGAGUGGAAAGCCCAGGAUACACAGGUGCCAGGGAAGGGCAUGGAGUGACCCUGUAGCGUGGGAGUCAGGCUUGGGGUGCCAGUAGAGGAACCUGGGAUGUUAGGAUUUCAGAGUGCCAGGUGUUGGUAGAGGGCCUGGGCAGUACAGAGGGAUAGGAGCGUCAGGAUGGCAAUUGGGAAAAGUCCUGAGGUGUCAGAGUCCAGAUGCAGGAAAAGCUUGGUGAUUAUGUGAGUCCAGGAUGCUGGAGUCUGGUGUGUCAGCCCAGGUUGGGGGUGGGGGCAGGGAGCAAGGUCCUAACACACACAUCUGCCUCCCAGGAGCCACCAUGCAGUGCUUCAACUUCAUUAAGACCAUGAUGAUCCUCUUCAAUAUGCUCAUCUUUCUGUGUGGUGUGGCCCUGUUGGCAGUGGGCAUCUGGGUGUCAGUCGACGGAACAUCCUUCAUGAAGAUCUUCGGGCCACUAUCAUCCAGUGCCAUGCAGUUUGUCAACGUGGGCUACUUCCUCAUCGCAGCUGGCGCUGUGCUCCUCACUCUUGGUUUCCUGGGCUGCUAUGGUGCUCAGACUGAGAACAAGUGUGCCCUCAUGAUGUUCUUCUUCAUCGUCCUCAUCAUCUUCAUUGCUGAGGUUGCAGCUGCUGUGGUUGCCUUGGUGUACACCACAAUGGCUGAGAACUUCCUGACGUUGAUGGUAGUGCCCACCAUCAAGAAAGAGUACGGUUCCCAAAAAGACUUCACCCAAGUGUGGAACUCCACCAUGGAAGGGCUCAAGUGCUGUGGCUUCACCAACUACACAGAUUUUGAGGACUCUCCCUAUGUAAAAGAGAACAAGGUCUUUCCCCCAUACUGUUGCUUUGACCGUGACAAUGGCACAUUUGUGGAACCCUGCACUGGUGUCGAGGCCCAGAACCAGAAAGUAGAGGGUUGCUUCAAUCAGCUUCUGUAUGACAUCAGAACCAACGCAGUUACUGUGGGUGGUGUGGCAGCUGGAAUUGGGGGCUUAGAGGUAAGGAGGGGAGGAGGUUGGGGCAGGAUAUCCCCAUGGGCUCAGGGCUGCUUGAUCCAUGUCUGAGGCCUUUCUGGAAGAGACAGACUUCUAACAAAGCUUCAUGUCGAAUGUCUGGGGGCCAGGGGCCUAAAGCUUAAGGACCCUGAUCAUGUUUCUUCCUCUCUGCCUGUUCCUUUCUCAUCAGCUGGCUGCCAUGAUUGUGUCCAUGUAUCUGUACUGCAAUCUGAAAUAAGUUGGCUUCUGCCUCCGCCACUGCUGCUGCCAUACAGGAACUGGGAAGGGGCACCCCAGCACUGCCAAGAGGCAGUGAUCAGCGUGGAGACAGGAUCUAACAGUGUCACGUGGGCUGGAGUGGGCCUGGGGCCAAAUAGGCAGCACCCCCUUGAACCUGUGCCAGACUUGUCCUUCCAUUGGUGAUGUUGGGGUCCACCUAUUUCAGAGCCUCUAAGGUAGCCAAUCCUCUUGCCCAUUCCUCCAGUCUGUUUCUUAAACCCUUGAUAUCCUCUCAGGCCAGGGGGGUGGGGUGCUCUUGGUGAUCCCAGUACUCCACAGGGGGGAUUAAAGGCACUGCACCGACAACAUGAGCAUAUGCAAAAUCAGCAGUCACCAGGCAGAUGUGUAGAAAGCACUUCAGAACUCAAAAACCCAUUAAAAUGUUUCCAUUUGGA